CGAAAAUCCCCCUGUAGGGGGACACGCCCGACAUAACGCCAUCCAGAUGCGCCAAGACGAUCCGAGAGAGCCCCAAAGGGCUGUUCCGUAGCCGUUUUGGUUCAAGGGCCUGGAGGAGGAGCGGGACACAAUACCACCUGACACCUGCAGGCUUUCGUGGACUGUUGGUGGCUUUGGCGAUGAAGGGCUUGCUCGUUGCAUGCAUGUUUGCGAUCGGCUGGCAUUUGUGCGCCUGCAAAUCUGACGAACAAGAGUAUCAAACGCAGAUGGGCCGCCAUGUUGGGUUUCGCAAGAAUGAGAUCGUGUUUAACCUACGCGCUACAUGUCCUAGCAUCACAUCAUUUGAUGCGCACCAGCUUUCGAGUUUCAUCGAUGCCAACGAACAGUUCGACGACACUUUACAUGUCGAACUUGCGGAACAGUCAGGCAAGAUCAUUUUGCAUGGUGGUGGGUGUGACGGUGAGAACUGGAGCAUUAAGUAUCCGAAGAAAGACAGCAUGGAUUCAGCCCAAUUUGCAGCAGAUCUGUUCAAGGUGCUGAAGUCGGAAAUUCAAGAGCAGAAGGACAGUCACUUCCCGAUUCGACGGAUUACUCAGAAAGCAGUGCAAAAAUAUUUCAAGGACUUCCCUCAACAAGAUGGCAGUCACCUUACAACUAAAUCGUUUAAGGACAAAUGGUUUCGUUUAAAGCCAGAUGCAAAGAUGCGCUUCGCCAAAGGUGUCAAUGACGAAUUUGGGAGUCGUUUCAAAAGCUUUUACACAUUUUUGAAAGCGCACCAUAUUGAUGUCCAAGGUCUGAUUGAGACCGGAUGGUUGCCACUACAGUUGCAGGAGGCAUUCUUCGUUCAUUACGUUUGCCAGGUUGCACCCGAAGAGGAGAGGUCAGAAUGGAAGGAUCAAUUCUACGAGGGAGCUGGUCAAAUUCUCUCUCACGCUACGGUGUGGACCGCUGGAUGGAUGAAAAAGCACAUUGAGCGCAGAUCCCCGUAUCACACGAAGUAUGGGGACCUCUGAAAGGCCGUCACCUGAUCAACUUGAUGGAUUCCCUUUGGGCUCCCUGUUGUCCAUGACCUCCAUGGCUCGCCUUUUUCAUGUCUCGCUCUUCCUCGCACUAUGUUUCAAUAUUUCUGGAAUGGGUGUGCCGGGGCCUGGGUGCGCAGGUACGCGCAUGCCAGGAAAUUCAAAUCAACUCUUCGGUCGGCCCAGGCCGUAGCACAAAUCGCUUUAGUGCCGCAGAGAUCGGCGCAGCGAGCACCUCAUUUCGGCACCAGCGCUGUGCAAGUUACCCAUAAAACGCGCAUGGGGGAGGAACAUCAGACGUAAACGGGAACCUCUGUUGGGAGACAGGCGAACAUCCUUUCAGAAGGCAAGCUGGCCGAAGGGAGGUUCUUCGGCCUGGAGUGCGCAGAGGUGGCGCAUCCACCCAGGCUUGAGUCUCCCAUCGCGUGGCGCACGGGCCAGCAUGGCAAGCUGGUGGCAGCCCGCGCUGCGUACUCCGGAUUCCAUAAUAAAGUCGGUGGGGUCACAUUUGGGAGGGGGUCUGAUUUGAGCUGUCUUGAAG